AUGCCCGCUGACCCACUCUUCUCCACCUUUUAUUUCCAUUAUUCUCCCCUUACUUCUUACUUCUUCACUCUUCACUCCCUUCCUUCUCUCAGUGCAUCGAUGGCACCGUUGUCGCUUACGCUACCCUUCAUACUCUUCCCGGCACUUGCGCUCGCUCAGGAUCCGAUACACGUUACCCUCUCUCGUCGUGCGCGAGGUGCUCACCUCGACCUGAACAAGGAGGCCGACAAGCUGAGGAAUCGGUAUGGAUUUACCAAUGGGACGACAGCGACGAUACCCCGACGGUCAGGAAAGCGGGCGUCUGCAGACAUCCCAAUCGUCAACCAGGACGCGGACUCGAGCUACUUCGGCAGUAUCACGAUCGGAACACCUCCGCAGACGUUCAACGUCAUCCUCGACACGGGAUCCUCCGACCUUUGGGUCGCUGACACCUCAUGCACCUCAUGCGACGCGAGCACCCCAGUCUUCCAGGCAGACGAAUCGUCGACAUUCAAGGGCCCCACGUCGGCGCUCGGCUCGCAGGUGACGAUCCGCUACGGGUCCGGGGCGGUGCAGGGCACACUCGCGCAGGACGUGGUCAGCAUGGGCGGGUUCACAAUCUCUGAGCAGACUUUCCUCGCAGUUGACAGAGUCACCAGCAAUCUCCUGGACGGCACCGUCUCCGGCAUCAUGGGCCUCGCGUUCGAGUCAAUCGCAAGCACGCAGGCGACGCCGUUCUGGGAGGCACUUGCAAACGACGGGCAACUUACGACCCCGGAGAUGGGCUUCUGGCUGACGCGAGAGAUCGACAACCUGAAGGCAAAGAGUGAGGAGCCUGGAGGGGUGUUUACGUUGGGCGGCACGAACUCGAGCUUGUUCACGGGCGAUAUCGAGUUUGUAAACAUGCCGACGCAGACGCCGUCGUUUUGGAUCUUGUCGGUUUCUUCUGUCACCGUCGACAGCAAGGCAGUUUCGAUCUCAUCAGGAAGCCAGGCGCUCUCCGCCAUCGACACCGGCACGACGCUCAUCGGCGGCCCCUCGACGGACGUCGCCGCCGUCUGGGCCGCUGUCCCAGGCUCAGGCAAGUCGCAGACCCAGGGGUUCUUUACUUUCCCAUGCGACCAACAAGUGAACAUCUCCUUCGCCUUCGGGGGCAAGUCCUGGCCCAUUAACCCGAACGACAUGAACCUCGGCCCAGACACGCGCGGGAGCUCACAGUGCGCAGGGGCGAUCUUUGACUUGACGUUGGGGAGCAAUAUCGCGAGUGGGUCGGGCAAUCCGAGCUGGGUCGUUGGGGAUACUUUCUUGAAAAACGUGUACUCCGUGUUUCGCGCGACCCCGCCCUCGGUUGGGUUCGCGGAGCUCUCGAGCGUCGCUGGUGGUACAGCUGCUUCCUCCACCUCUGGUCCCUCUUCUUCUCCGCCUGCGUCUGCUUCCUCGCCCUCGACUGUUUCCGUCACCGUUUCUCCGACAACAGGAGCCCCGAACGGUGGCUCGACGGAUGUUGGCUCGAGUGGUGCGAGAAGCCCCGCGCUGUCGCUGAAGAGCUCGACCUUCGGUAUUCUGCUUUCAGGCUCGCUUAUGCUCGUGAUGCUCAUGCUAUAG